UACUGAAGGAUUUCGUAAACAGAGCACUGGAAGCUUCAUUACAGCAUGGACGUCUGUUGGACAGAGGUGACUUUAUUGUAAUGAGGAAUUAAAAGAGAACGGUGAGACAACAUUUGGAAGGAUGAGGAGGCUGUACUUUGUGGAACCCAUUGUUGCCAUUUACGCAUUCGGCAUUUUUUUGGUGUUUCCACUGGUGCAGCAAUAUGUGUAUCGCCGGUUGUGGCAAGAGCUGACAAAUAGCUCCUAUCCUGUGUCGGACAACUCAUCGCGGUGCACUCCCACCAACGGUAGCAAUCACUCGAACCAGCAUGCAGAGGUUCAGCGAGCAGCAUCUCUGUUCUCUCUCUACUCUGAUCUGUUCUCCAGUAUCCCCAGUCUCACCGUGACUCUGGUCCUGGUAUCCUACAGUGACCAGUGCGGGCGCAAAAUCACCAUCGUGCUGCCUCUGGUGGGCUCCCUGGUGUACAUCCUGGCCUUCCUUGCUGUGUCGUUCUUUGAGCUCAACUUGUACUUGCUUAUCGUGGCCUCCUUCGUCAGCUCGCUGUUCGGCGGCGUCGGCACCAUGCUGGGCGGCUGCUUCGCCUACAUCGCCGACAUGUGUGAGGACGGCAAGCAGAAGAUGAUGCGCAUGGCCGGAGUGGACAUGGUGAUCGGGCUGCUCUCUGGCGUGGCCUCCAUCUCCACGGGCUACUUCCUACGGGCAGCGGGCUUCAACUGGCCGUUCUUCACCUCUGCCCUAUUCCAGCUGGCCAACCUGCUCUACGCCAUUUUCAUCCUAGCAGAGAGCCGGGUAGUGGAGAGCCCAGCAGAAGGAGUGAGCUGUGGCAUGGCCAUGCAAAAACUUGUGAAGGGGGUCCAACAGAUAUUUGUGGGAGGCAGUCACAACAGGAACUGUCUACUGGGACUGCUAAUCACUAUUUUCUCUGUGUACACCUUCGCCGACAUGGGUGGUUUGUCUAUGACUACUCUAUACGAACUCAACGAACCACUCUGCUGGAGUGAGAUCCUCAUUGGCUAUGGGUCGGCCCUGUCCACCACAGUCUUCCUCACCAGCUUCGCUGGAGUGUCUCUGCUGUCCCGCUGUCUGCCCGAUGUGGUCAUUGUCCUCAUUGGCAUGCUGUCACUCUGUUCAGGCCUGGUGUUUGUUGCCUUUGCUAAAACCACUCUAAUGAUGUUCUUGGCCAGAAUACCCAUGAUGCUAGCAGUUAUGCCCUUCCCUGUCAUGCGCUCAAUGAUGUCAAAGGUCAUCUCCAAAUCUAACCAAGGAGUACUGUUUGCCUGUGUGGCCUUUCUGGAGAGCUUGAGCACUAAUAUUGGCAUAGCGGUGUUCAGCAGUAUCUAUGCCACUACUGUUGCCUGGUACCCUGGCUUCAAUUUCCUCUUGGCUGCCAGUCUCUGCAUCAUACCCAUGAUGAUGCUGGGCUUGGUGAAUUUGUUUAGAGAAGACGAUUCUGAAGAGACAGAACCUCUUCUCUCAGGUGCUCAGAACAUCUCUUCAGAUGACCUACCUGUAGCUUGAAGGUCAAAGGGAAAUGUGACCUUCAAUCUUCUUCUCAGGUUACAUCUGUGGACUUUUUUAUGGAUUGCACUGCAAUAAACUUUAUGGCAUGGAUCUAAUGCCAUAGUGUCCUUA